CUUCACUGCUUCAGUAACGGUUUCCUCCUUCAUGUGUGCGCGCGGGCUUCAGUGAACCGCACGAGCUCUACACUCUGACACGCUCGCGAGAACGAAACCAGCAAAAAUGAACUUCGCGUCUGUUCUCUUAGCAGGUCUGAUGCUAAGUGUAGUCAUGGAAAAAGUUUCAUCAACUUCCACCGGUGCAAUUACAACUUUAACUUCAAUCUCCACUCAAACCACAAAUGACAUAGCAUCUAGCACUAUUAACUACACCACUAAUGUGACAACUGUUGAAUCAAACAUGACGCAAGCUACAAGUCCAAACACGUCGAUGGAAGUGUCCACCAAACCAACUGAACAUAUGACCACCACCAACACCACCACAGCCACCAUCAACACCUCAACAGCCACCACCAACACCUCAACAGCCACCACCAACACCUCCACAGCCACCACCAACACCGCCACAGCCACCACCAACACCUCCACAGUCACCAACAACACCUCCACAGUCACCAACAACACGGACUCCACCAUCAAUGCUACCUCCACCAUGCCAACAGAAAUCCCUACCUAUCCCUCAACAUCAUCUAUUCAUUCAACUACAACAAUAGUGAGUUCUAGUUCAACAUCCAUCACUUCUUCAGUGAAACCCCCGUCCUCCAGUCCAACCAAUCUGGCAACAACGCUAUCACAUUCAACAGGAAAACCAGUAUCAUCCACAGUGCAGUCCAGUACAUCAAAUGUCUCAAGCGGUGCCAAUCCUGUCAGGGCCCUGAGUUCAGUGAGCAUCGCUGCCAUCGUCAUAGGGUUCAUUGUCUUUGUGAUAUUUGUACUGGGCGGAGCGUACUACGUCAAAAUAAAGCGUCCUUCCUAUGGCCGUCUCCUGGAUGACACAGAACAAGGAUCAGUGGGCAAUUUCUUCAACCCCAUGUUUGAUGGCUAAGUGCCACUUUAGAAGAUGUUUUACUAUUGAUCCUUUUCAGAGGGCAGGAUUUGGAUGAUUGGAGGCCUGCUGUGGCUUUGAACAAGUACACAGUGACUAAUCUGAUGAUCAUCAUAAGCUCUUUCAGUGAACUCAUGAUCUGAUAGCCUGAACAAGUUACAUAGGCCUGGUAAUGUGAUAUUCUUACAAAUUAGUCAUUUUAUGUGAUAGAUGAUCAAAGAUACACACUUAAGGUAGCUGAAGUAUUAGAUAUUAAAUGGUAGAUAGAUGUAGGUAUAUACAAGUUCAGUGAAAUGAGGAAUAUUGUUUCUGUUAUAACUUAAAUAUUAAUUUAUAGACACUUUUGGACAUUUACAAACAUGCUAUAAGUCUUCUAUAAGGAAUUGUUUUGGUUUCUAGUAGUGCAACUGAAAAGGCUUUUGAAUAAUGACUAUAGACUUAUGUUAAACUUAAGCAAAACUGUCCGUGUAGGAUUAUAUGAUAAUGAUAUUACAAUAAAUUGUUAUGAUACAGUAUAAGUAGCCCAGAUAUAAAUACUUCUACUUCUGGUCAAUGUCACAGUUAUAGUAAGAAGACCUUUUCCCCAGUUGGAUUAUAGUUUGUUUUGUCCAUCUAACCUCUUGUUAACGACUUCAUUUUUGUAAAUGAUAAAAUUGUAUUUUAAUGUACUACCACUGUUUUGCUGGUAACAAACCUCAGAAAAACAAAAUAAUGUGAUACAUAUGCUUUCAAGUAUGGUUGUGUGGCCAUAUUGUCCACCUCCAAUCACUAUGUUAUCUGUGUUUUAAUGUUUGUAUAUCUCUGAUAUGUUACUUUGAAUACACUUUCUGUACCUUAUUAAUUAAACCUCAUUUCCUGAA